UUUGUAAUCACCCAAGGGAAUAAACCAGAGCAAAACAGCAUAAGAGAAACCAAAGCAAAACAAAGAGAAGAUAUAUUCUGAUCUGAAAGCUUUAAUUAAUAGUAGAGUGGUGAAGAUGUCUUCAGAUCACUUACCUUCUUCAUCUCAAGUCUUCCAAGAACACUUCAUGGACAGUUUCAUCUCAAGGAAAUUGCUUCAGCAACUCCCAUUUCACCACAACACUCAACAACAACAACAAGAACAAGCUCAUGUACCUGAUAAGAACAACUUGAGCGCCAACGUUCUCCUGCUUCUCUCUAUCCUUGUCUGCGGUAUCAUCUGCUCGCUCGCGUUGCAUUAUGUAAUCCGUUGUGCAUUCAGACGUUCCUCGAGUUUCAUGAUCUCUGAUCCCAUCCCAAGCCAGUCCACACCACGAGGUUCAGAAGCAAACAAAGGGAUCAAGAAGAAAGCUCUCAAGAUGUUCCCAGUAGUGAAUUACUCACCUGAGAUGAACAUAGAGUCAGGUGUUGGCGAGGAGUGUGUCAUUUGUUUGUCUGAUUUCGUAGCUGGAGAACAGCUUCGUCUGCUUCCCAAGUGCAACCACGGGUUCCACGUUCGCUGCAUAGACAAGUGGCUUACGCAACAUAUGACUUGUCCGAAAUGCAGACACUGUCUGGUAGAGACAUGCCAAAAGAUCUUAGGUGACUGUGAUGAAGCUGAUCAAGUUGUCGCAACAACAACAGAGAGCGUAGAUGUCAGAAUCGCUCCUCUGGAACCUGAAGCAAGAGUAAACACUUUUAGAGAAAGCAGCUAGAGUAUGUCAACAAACCAUUAGGUCUCCAAAACUUGGUUCUCCAACAAGAUUGGAGAUUUUUUUUAUAUAGAUUUGAACACAAUUUAUGUCCGUAUAGCCAUAGGAUUCCAAAAUCAAAUACAUCAUAAGUUCAUCACA